AUGUAUAAGCUUGAACUAAUGAACGUUGCAAGAAUGAAUUGCAAAGCUGAGAGCUCGAAACUUGAGCUGAAACUGAAACUAUCCCCACCAAGGGAUCGUCGGCAAGUUCUUUCACCUGGUGGUUCUAUUGCUUCCAACGAGUCAUCUCCACGAAGCUCGUGUGUGUCCCGAGAAGCGAGCCCUGAGGAAGCAGGAUGCCUUUUCGGAAGAUGGGAGACAAGUCCCAUGAUGCCGGUCGGCUGCCCGAGGUGCCUAAUGUAUGUUAUGCUAUUGCAGGAGAAUCCCAAGUGCCCGAAAUGCAAGAGCACCGUUUUGCUGGAUUUUCUGAAUGAAGAUAGUACUAGGAAACUCAAGAAGUGA